AUGCUGCCGGGGGCGCUGGGUAAAGAUGGCAGUGCUGAGCCUCGUGUCGGAGUGAGCAGGAGAGAGCCGGAGAGGCGCCGCUGCCGCCGCCGAGUCGCCUUUGGCCCCGAGAAGAGGGGAGGCUCCCCCGGGUCCUUGCUCUCGGGCCCCUUCCCUCCUCGCCCCUGCUGCUCCUGCUCCCAGGCCGGGCUCCCUUCCUGCCCCCUCCCCCUCUCCCCUCCUCCUCCUCCUCCUCCUUUCCUCCUCCUCCUCCUCUUCUCUCUCCUCCUCCUCCUCCCUUCUUUCUUCGCCGACUGCAACCGAGGAGGCAGGCGGCAGAGUGGGGCCAGGCCCCUCGGAGCCGCUUGGGCAGGAAUGAGAGCCCCUUGUCCCGCUUGAGCCCAGAAGAGGAGGAAGGAAGGAAGGAAGGAAGGAGGAGGAGAAGGACCGGUAAGGCCUUGUGCCGGCAGGCCGGCCGAGGAGGCGGAGGCGGAGGCGGACUGGAGGGGGGGAUCAUGGCCGCUCAGGUGGCCAACAACGCCGCCAACGCCAACCCCGCCGGCAGCCUGGGCGCUCCCCCGGUGCCCUCCUCCGAGUUGAAGAAAGCCGAGCAGCAGCAGCAGCAAAGGGACUGUGCGCCGGAGGAAGCGGCGGCCACGGAGGCCUCGUCGGACCGCAGCCUCGGAGAGAAGCCGUCGGAGGGCGAAGGGGUUGCUGCUCAGCCGGCGCCGCCGGGGAAGGAGCUGCAGGACGGGCCCGGCGGCGAGAGCAAUGGCGGGGGCGCCGGGGAGGCCGAGCUGAAGAGCCCCAACGGCAACCCGGGGCCUAGGCCUUUAUCCGCGCUGAACAAUAACCUCCCGGAGCCCGGAGGAGGAGGAGGAGGGAACGGCAGCAAUAGCAGCAGCAGCAGCAGCAGCGACGGGGUGGGGACGCCUCCGCAGCAGCAGCAGCCUCAGCCUCCUUCUCAGCCGCCGCCUCCGCCGCCCUCGCUGUCCCACCCGGCUUCCUCCUCCUCCUCCUCCGCGGCCUCGGCCUUGCCCCCUCCGGGCUACGGCUUCGGGCAGCCCUACGGCCGAGGAGGGGCCCUCGCGGCAGCCGCCGCCGCCGCUGCUGCUGCUGCCGCGGCGGCUUUCCACCAACAUGGCGGACAACAAAGCCCUGGCAUGGCAGCGCUGCAGAGCGGGGGCCUGGAGCAGACCUACCCGGUGCCCUCCGCUGGGGCCCCCGGCCCUCCUCCUCCUCCCCCACAGAACUCCCACGGAGGAGGGGGCGCCGAGCACGGCUUCCCCAACCACCAGUACAACAACUACUACCCGGCCUCCUCUGCCUCGGCCGCCUCCUCGGGGGCGCGCGGCACUGUCGUCGGCGCUGCCUACCAGCCUCCCGCCCCGCAGGCCUACGCCCUGAGCUCCCCUCGCAGCCCCGCGCAGGCCGGGGUCAAGCCCCCCGGGGCCGCCUUCCAACAGCAGCAGCAGCAGCAGCAACGCUUCGUGGGCAUGGGGCCUUCUUCCUCCUCGUCCUCCUCCUCCUCGUCGUCGUCCUCCUCCACCCCGCAGCCCACCUCCACCCCGACGCUGAACCAGCUGCUCACCUCGCCCAGCUCCGCCCGGGGCUACCAGGGCUACCCAGGGGCCGACUACGGGAGCGGGGCCCAGGACGGAGGAGCCAAGGCCCCGACGGCAGCAGCGGCAUCAGCGGUGGACCUUGCUUCCCAGUAUCCGGGGGCCUCUGGCCAGGGCUGGGCGGCAGCGGCAGCGGCGGCCGCCGGAGGGCAACAAAGGAGCCACCACGCGCCCAUGAGCCCCGGGAGCAGCGGGGCAGGAGCCGGAGGGCAGCCGCUCGCCAGGAGCCAGCAGCCAUCCAGCCCUAUGGAUCAGAUGGGGAAGAUGAGGCCUCAGCCUUAUGGAGGAAACAACCUAUACACACAACAGCAGGGAACUCAGUCAGGGCAACCGCAAGGCCAUGGCUAUCCAGGGCAGCCAUACGGGCCUCAGACUCCCCAGAGAUAUCCAAUGGGAAAUCUAAGCAGGACGCAAGCUACAAUGGGUGGUGUCUCUUAUGCACAGCAGAUUCCUCCAUAUGCACAGCAAGGUCCUAGUGGAUAUGGGCAACAGAGCCAGACUCCCUAUUACAACCAGCAGAGUCCUCAUCCGCAGCAGCAGCAGCCUUCCUAUGCCCAGCAACCGCCGUCUCAGACCCCACAUGCUCAGCCUUCUUAUCAGCAACAACAAACUCAGUCUCAGCCCCCACAGCUUCAGUCAUCCCAGCCCCCUUACUCUCAGCAGCAAUCACAGCCACCACAUCAGCAAUCUCCAUCUCCGUAUCCUCAGCAGCCAACCACUGCCCAGCAGCAGCAUCCACAGAGUCAGCCUCCCUAUUCUCAGCAGCAGUCUCAGUCACCCUACCAGCAGCAGCAACAGCAGCAGCAAGCUCAGCAGUCUGCUACCUCUGCGCUUUCCCAGCAGUCGGCAUCCUAUUCUCAGUCACAGUCACAGCAGCAGUCGGCAUAUUCUCAGCAGCGCUUCCCACCUCCACAGGAGUUAUCGCAAGACUCAUUUGGGUCCCAAGCAUCAUCUGCUGCCUCAAUGGCUUCCAGUAAAGGGCAGGAAGAUGUGAAUUUAAAUCUUCAGUCAAGACCCUCUAGCUUGCCGGAUCUCUCUGGUUCAAUAGAUGACCUACCUAUGGGUACAGAAGGAGCACUGAGUCCUGGCGUAAGCACAUCAGGGAUUUCCAGCAGCCAAGGAGAGCAGAGUAAUCCAGCUCAGUCUCCUUUCUCUCCGCAUACCUCUCCUCACUUGCCAGGUAUUAGAGGACCUUCCCCAUCACCAGUGGGAUCUCCUGCAAGUGUUGCUCAGUCACGCUCUGGCCCACUCUCUCCUGCUGCAGUACCAGGCAACCAGAUGCCACCUCGACCACCAAGUGGCCAGUCAGACAGCAUCUUGCAUACCUCCAUGAAUCAGUCAACCAUAGCCCCAGAUAGAGGUUAUAUACAGAGGAAUCCACAGAUGCCUCAGUAUAAUUCUCCUCAGCCUGGGUCUGCCUUAUCUCCCCGCCAGUCUUCUGGAGGACAGAUGCAUGCUGGAAUGGGACCUUACCAACAAAAUUCCAUGGGCAGUUACGGACCUCAGGGGGCUCAGUAUGGUCCUCAAGGUGGAUAUCCAAGGCAGCCAAACUACAAUCCUAUGCCCAAUGCAAAUUACCCCAACCCAGGAAUGGGAGGAACCAUGAACCCCAUGGGAGCAGGGAGUCAAAUCCAUGGUCAGACUGGUGUACCACCCUAUCCUGGGCUUCCCCCAGGGAGAGGUUUGACACACCCUGCCAUGGGGAAUAGGCCCUAUGGACCCAACAUGGCAAACAUGCCUCCCCAAGUAGGAACUGGAAUGUGUCCUCCACCAGGUGGCAGGAAAGCACAAGAAGCUGCUGCUGCUGCUAUGCAUGCUGCUGCUGUCAACUCAAUCCAGAACAGGCCAUCUGGUUACCCCCAUAUUAAUCAAGGAGGAAUGAUGGGAACUGGACCUCCCUAUGGCCAAGGAAUUAAUAGCAUGGCUGGCAUGCUCAAUCCCCAGGGCCCACCAUAUCAAAUGGGUGGGAAUAUGGCAAACAACUCUGCAGGGAUGGCUGCAAGUCCUGAGAUGAUGGGACUUGGGGAUGUUAAACUAACACCUGCAGCAAAGAUGAACAAUAAGGCAGAUGGAACACCAAAAGCUGAGUCCAAGUCAAAGAAAUCUAAUUCCUCCACUACUACAAAUGAGAAGAUUACUAAACUAUAUGAGCUUGGUGGUGAACCAGAAAGAAAGAUGUGGGUAGAUCGCUAUUUGGCCUUCACUGAAGAGAAAGCAAUGGGCAUGACCAAUCUUCCCGCUGUGGGCCGGAAACCCCUAGACCUGUACCGUCUCUAUGUCUCCGUGAAGGAGAUUGGAGGGCUAACUCAAGUUAACAAAAACAAGAAAUGGCGUGAGUUAGCAACCAAUUUGAAUGUGGGUACCUCUAGCAGUGCAGCUAGUUCCCUGAAGAAGCAGUACAUCCAGUGUCUCUAUGCCUUUGAGUGCAAGAUUGAGCGAGGCGAAGAUCCUCCCCCAGACAUCUUUGCAACCGAUUCAAAGAAAUCGCAACCCAAAAUACAACCUCCAUCGCCAGCGGGUUCAGGCUCCAUGCAAGGUCCUCAGACACCUCAGUCCACCAGUAGCUCCAUGGCUGAAGGAGGAGACCUGAAGCCCCCAACUCCUGCAUCUACACCACACAGUCAGAUGCCCCCUUUGCAAGGCAUCAGGAGUAACUCGGUAGGCCUUCAGGACACAUUCCCCGAUGGCAGUGACCCUACUUUCCAGAAGAGAAACUCCAUGACUCCAAACCCAGGGUACCAGCCCAGCAUGAAUACGUCCGACAUGAUGGGCCGUAUGUCUUAUGAGCCAAAUAAGGAUCCCUAUGGCACUAUGAGAAAAGGAAGCGAUCCCUUCAUGUCCUCAGCACAGGGCCCCAACACUGGUAUGGGUGAUCCUUAUAACCGUGCUACAGGUCCAGGGAUGAGUAACAUGGCCAUGGGGCAAAGGCAACAUUAUCCUUAUGGUCCUUAUGACAGAGUGAGGACUGAAGCAGGAUUGGGACCUGAGGCAAAUUUAGGAACCGGAACUCCCCAACCCAACAUCAUGCCUUCCACUCCUGAUUCAGGGAUGUACUCUCCUAGCCGCUACCCUCAACAGUCACAGCAGCGACAUGAUUCCUAUGGCAAUCAAUUUCCCACUCAAGGUACAUCCUCUGGCAGUCCAUUUCCAAGCCAGCAAACUACGCUUUAUCAGCAACAACAGCAGAAUUACAAGCGACCAAUGGAUGGUAAUUAUGGCCCCCCAGCCAAACGACAUGAAACAGAGAUGUACAAUGUACCAUACAGUGCAGGCCAGGGACAAACCCAGCAACAACUGCCUCCAGCACAGACCCAACCAGCUAGCCAGCAGCAAACUGCUCAGCCUUCUCCUCAGCAAGAAAUCUAUAACCAGUAUUCAAAUACAUACUCUGCCACAGACCGCCGACCUCCUGCUGGGCCACAGAACCAGUUCCCAUUCCAGUUUGGCAGAGAGAGAGUCUCUGCUCCCCCAGGUGCCAGCACACAGCAGAACAUGCCUCCUCAGAUGAUGGGUGGCCCCAUACAGUCUACUCCAGAGGGCCCACAGCAGGGCACCAUGUGGCAAGGGCGUAAUGAAAUGGGUUACAGCUACCCCAACCGACAGAAUACUGGCUCUGCGACGCAAGGGCCUGCGUAUCAUGCAGUGAAUCGAACAGAUGAAAUGCUACAUCCGGAUCAGCGGGGUAAUCAUGAAGGACCAUGGCCUUCACAUAGCAACCGCCAGCCUCCUUAUGGGCCCUCUGCCCCUGUGCCCCCAAUGACGAGACCGCCCCAGCCCAACUAUCAGACCCCACCGAGCAUGCAGAAUCACAUUCCUCAGGUAUCUAGUCCAGCACCUCUUCCCAGGCCGGUGGAAAACCGCACUUCUCCAAGUAAAUCUCCGUUCCUGCACUCGGGAAUGAAAAUGCAGAAGGCAGGGCCUCCUGUUCCUGCCUCACAUAUAACGCCAGCAGCUGUACAGCCUCCUAUGAUACGACGGGACAUCACAUUCCCACCUGGGUCAGUGGAAGCUACGCACCCUGUGCUGAAGCAGCGACGCCGCUUAACUACAAAAGAUAUUGGAACUCCUGAAGCAUGGAGAGUAAUGAUGUCUCUGAAGUCAGGAUUGCUGGCUGAAAGUACGUGGGCCUUAGAUACAAUAAACAUCCUUCUGUAUGAUGACAACAGCAUAAUGACCUUCAACCUCAGCCAGCUUCCAGGGUUGUUGGAGCUACUGGUGGAAUAUUUCAGACGCUGCCUAAUUGAAAUCUUUGGAAUCCUGAAGGAAUAUGAGGUGGGAGAUCCGGGUCAAAAAACACUAUUGGAUCCUGAUAGGAUCAACAAGUCUUCGAGUCCUCCUCCUGAGGAAGGAGAGAAACAAGAGCCACGAAGUACUAACUGUGAGGAAGAAGAAGAACAGGAGGAGGAAGAAGAGGAAGGGGAGGAGGAGGCUGCCUUUGCAAAUAAAGCCACAGCACCUCUUGAGAACUCUGAGGAAAAGCUAGUGAGCAAAUUUGACAAACUUCCUGUCAAGAUAGUGCAGAAGAAUGACCCAUUUGUGGUAGAUUAUUCAGGCAAACUUGGCCGGGUUCAGGAGUUUGAGAGUGGGUUGCUGCACUGGCGGAUUGGUGGGGGAGACACCACUGAACAUAUUCAGACCCACUUUGAAAGCAAAAUGGAGCUGUCGUUGACUCACAAACGAGCAUCCUGCAACUCUGUUUUGUUGCGAAAACGUUCUGUCACUGAGGGUAACCCAGUCGCCCGAGAGGGAGAGUCCCCACCAUCUGAUGGUCCUCCAGAGAAAAGGAUAACAGCCACCAUGGAUGACAUGCUUUCAGCACGGCCGGGCUCCCUGGCAGAGGAAGAGGAGGUGGUAAAACAUGUGGAGACAACAAAAGAGGGUGGUAAAUUUCCCUUUGGCAUUAAUCCAGCUCAGAGCCACCGAAACAUUAAAAUCCUGGAGGAUGAACCUCACAGUAAGGAUGAGACACCACUCUGCACGCUUCUAGACUGGCAGGACUCAUUGUCUAAACGCUGCAUCUGUGUGUCGAACAUCAUCAGGAGUUUAUCAUUUGUGCCAGGCAAUGAUUUUGAGAUGUCUAAACACCCUGGUUUGCUGCUGAUCCUAGGGAAACUGAUUCUCCUGCACCAUAAGCAUCCAGAACGCAAACAGGCACCACUGACAUAUGAGAAGGAAGAGGAACAGGACCAAGGAGUGAGCUGCAACAAAGUGGAGUGGUGGUGGGACUGCUUGGAGAUGCUACGUGAAAACACUUUGGUCACGCUGGCCAACAUCUCUGGCCAGCUGGAUCUUUCGCCGUACCCAGAGAGCAUCUGUUUGCCCAUCUUGGAUGGACUCCUCCAUUGGGCCGUGUGUCCUUCAGCAGAAGCCCAAGAUCCUUUCCCAACCCUAGGCCCUAAUGCUGUCCUCUCCCCUCAAAGACUGGUUUUGGAAACCCUCAGCAAACUCAGCAUCCAGGACAACAAUGUGGAUUUGAUUCUUGCAACGCCACCCUUUAGUCGCUUGGAGAAACUCUACGGCACCAUGGUGCGUUUCCUUAGUGACCGAAAGAACCCAGUGUGUCGGGAGAUGGCUGUGGUACUACUGGCCAACUUGGCGCAGGGCGACAGCUUGGCAGCUAGAGCCAUUGCUGUACAGAAAGGCAGCAUUGGCAACUUGUUAGGCUUCUUGGAGGACAGCCUGGCGGCCACUCAGUUCCAACAGAGUCAAGCCAGUUUGAUGCACAUGCAAAAUGCUCCCUUUGAGCCAACCAGUGUGGACAUGAUGCGUCGGGCAGCCCGGGCGCUGCUUGCCCUGGCCAAAGUGGACGAAAACCACUCUGAGUUCACAUUAUAUGAGUCACGGCUGUUGGACAUCUCCGUGUCACCUCUGAUGAACUCCUUGGUUUCACAAGUUAUUUGUGAUGUACUGUUUUUAAUUGGCCAGUCAUGACAGCCGUGGGAUGCCUAUACCCCCCGUGUGCGUGUGUGUGAGUGGAGGACUUAGAAACUGAUUGUUGCCCUUUAUUUAUGCAAAACCACCUCAGAAUCCACUGUCUGCCCUGCGCUGUCCUGCUUCUACCUUGGGGAAAAGAUGUUCCCCCUUCCCUCACCUCUGCCCUUCAGAUCUGUCCUAACCCUGUUCAAGGAGACAAAGCUCUGCCUACAUUAAAAAAAAAAGACUUUUUUUAUUUUAACCAAAGUUGCUGUCGUUUACAGUGAGUUUGGGGAAAACAACUUUGUCCUGUUAUCGCAUCAACAGGCGCUACUUUCAUAACUGUUUUUAAUGGUAAACUCUGAAGGACAAAAAAAAAGUGACUGCUGAACUCUUGUGUGGUUUAUCGUUGUACAUUCACAAUCUUGCAGGAACCAAGAAGCUACCAGUUGUUAACAGACCUUGUCCAAUGGAGGCCUGUGCAGUAGAGUGUAGAACUUCAUGUACUGUACACCUUAAACUGUAAACAUACUGUAAUAAUGUCUCACAUUGAAGAAAAAAAAAGCUGGAUCAGCAGCAAGCUGUAGUUUUUAAAAAUGUUUUUAGUUAAUGUUGAGGAGAAAAAAAGGCUUUUCCCCCAAAGUAUCAUGUGUGAACCUACAACACCCUGACCUCUUUCUCUCUUCCUCCUUGAUUGUAUGAAUAACCCUGAGAUCACCUCUUAGAACUGGUUUUAACCUUUAGCUGCAGCCUAACAGCUGCCACGUGUGUAUAUAUAUAUGACGUUGUACAUUGCACAUGCCCUCCUUGCAGUUUUGUUCCCCCUCUCCCUGCCACCCCUUUAUAGUAUGACGAGUUAAACAAGUUGAUGACCUGCAAAAGCGAGACACCAAUUAUUUAAUCUCUUGCCAGACAUCUCUCUCUCUCUCUCUCUUUCUUUCUCUGUCUCUCUCUCUCUCUCUCACUUUCUUUCUCUCUCUCUCUCUCUUUCUCUCUGGAGGAUGCUGUACAGGUCUCUAUGUAUAAAGUCAUUGCUGUCUCAGCAGCCAAUCAACUUAUAGUUUUAUUUUUCCUGGGGUUUUUUGUUUUUUGUUUUUCUUUCUAAUCGAGGUGUGAAAAAGUUCUAGGUUCAGUUGAAGUUCCUGAUGAAGAAACACAAUUGAGAUUUUUCAGUGAUGAAUUCUGCAUAUUUGUAUUUCAGACGAUGUAGCUAAAAAAACUUGAUGUAAAUUCCUCCCUUUUUUCCUUUUUUGGCUUAAUGAAUAUCAUUUAUUCAGUAUGAAAUCUUUAUACUAUAUGUUCCACGUGUUAAGAAUAAAUGUACAUUAAAUCUUG